AUGUAUCCGAUAACAACAAUCAAAAUUCUAAGCAAUCGCUUUACUCUCACUGGUUUUUCACGUGCUGGUGAAGCAACAAGUAUCAUCGUUCCUGAAAUGGAUAUGGUUUUGGACGCUGGUACAAUAGUUUCGACGUCUAAAUUCCAACAUAUAUUCAUUACUCACACUCAUCUUGACCAUUCAUUUCAUAUUCCUAUGCUCUAUUCACAUACUUCACCGUUGCCUAGGGAUAUCUAUGUGCCUGCCCAAUCUUUAACUUACUUUGAAAAUUAUUUAAGUAGUUCACAAGCUCUCAAUGAUCACGAUGAGGAGAAAGCACGUGAAAUCUGCACUAGACGUUAUAAAUUACAUGGUGUGUCAGAAGAGCAAAUGAUUGAUUUAGGUAAAUUAUAUCAAGUGGAAAUUAUCAGUUGUAAUCACACAGUUCCUUCUGUGGGCUAUGCAUUUUACGAAAAACGAACAAAGCUCAAAUCAGAUUACGGCAAUUUAUCAGGUAAAGAAAUUCAAGAAUUGAGAAAACAAGGAAUCAACGUGAGUGAACAAGUAUCUGUUCCAUUAUUUGCUUUUCUCGGUGAUACAACACCUGAAGUAUUCGCUGCUGGUUCAAACUCGGCACGUGUGCUAUUAGAACGAAUGCCUGUGGUCAUUUGUGAAUGUACAUUUCUAGACGGUGAACAAACACCUGAGAAGGGACAUACACAUUGGAGUGGACUUCAGCCUGUCAUUGAACAACAUCCGCAUAUUACUUUUAUUCUCAUUCAUUUCAGUUUGAAAUACAAACGGAGUGAAAUCGAAGAAUUUUUUACUAAGCAAUCAUUGAAAAAUGUUAUACCAUUUAUUUAA